AUGUCUACGUUUUUAAUUUCACGUAUCGCUGCCGAUAAACUGACUGUGGAUAAAUAUCCCACGUCGAAAACGAACCUUAGUGCCAUACUCGUAGUAGAUGAUCUUUACUUUGUCUUAACGGAGGCCUAUCUGAAGGCCCCUGAAUCUGACGCCACGAAAUUUGUUUGUGGCGCAUAUGACAGGUGGACAAAGGCCAACUCAAAGGCCCGAUUCUACGUCUUGGCUAGCAUAUCUGAUGUUUUGGCCAAUAAGCAUGAAAUCAUGAUCACUGCACUCCAGAUCAUGUACUCGUUUGGUGACAUGUUUGGAAAACCUUCCUGA